UUCAUUUCUUAUUCAAUUCUCGCUCAACUUUCAUUCAACUAUCUCUUCACAAUAUCUCUGUACCAUAUCAUUUACAACCCACUUUUCACUCUCUCUCCUUCUUCUCCCUCUCCCUCUCUUUCUCUCUCUUAUCCUGUACACUAAAUUCUCAUGGACUCAAAUAAUUUAUUACUCACAUCGCUCAAUACCCCGGCUUUAGAUAACUAUGAAAUCAAAGAAUGUCUAGGUAAAGGUGCCUUUGCAAUUGUCUACAAAGCAAUCAACAAAAACACCUCAAGACUAAUUGCCAUAAAACAAAUCCUAAUUGACUCAAACAACCUAUCUCUAAUCAACAACAACAACAACAACAACAACAACGGCAACAAAAACACCAUUUUAAUGUCUGAAAUCAACCUACUCAAAUCUCUAAACCAUAAAAAUAUCAUAAAAUACUAUGGCUACUCAAUAAACAACAACAACCUAAAUCUAUACCUAGAAUACUGCUCAAGGGGCUCACUAAGAAGCUUAUACAAAUUCUACUUUAAAAAAAAAAAUAAAAACUUGUCUGAAAAUUUAACAAAAAACUACAUCAAACAGGUUCUUAAUGGCCUCAUCUACUUGCACAAAAAUAACAUCGUUCAUAGAGACAUAAAAGCUGCUAAUAUUCUUCUCUCCUCUGAUAACACUGUCAAACUAGCUGAUUUCGGCGUAUCAAUCAACCUAAACACAUACUCCUUCAAAAAUAUCAAUCCUGUUGGUACCCCCAAUUGGAUGGCCCCAGAAAUCAUAACAUUGGAAAAAAUCACAACGAGUUGCGAUAUCUGGUCCUUGGGUGCAACUAUUAUCGAAAUACUAACCCAACAUCCUCCUUAUUACGAAUUAAAUGCAAUGGCUGCUUUGCAUGCCAUUGUAACUGACGAGUUUCCUCCCCUACCAAAAAAGAUAUCCCUUAACUGCAAAAAAUUCCUAUUAAAAUGUUUUGAAAAAAAUCCAAAUUUAAGAAUCUCUGCAAAGGAACUACUAAAUCAUCAAUGGCUAAAUCAUUCCCUAUUAACCUCUUCAAAAUCUCUAAGCUCAGUUUCCUUUUCAAAAUAUAAUCUCAACAAAAAUAUCAAUAACAACAGCAACAGCAGCAACAGCAGCAGCAAUAACAGCCAUCUCAACAGUUUUGUCAAUAAUAACAUUAUCAAUAACAACAUCAACGGCCAUAUUAUUAACAGCCACACCACUCAUAACAAUCAUGUAAAUCCAAAUUUAUCACAUAUAAACAAACCUUCAAUUUUAAGAUUUAAAGAAACAAAAAAUGACCUAGAUCAUUGGGACGAAGAUUUUGAAAAUUUAGAAAAUCUAAAUAAAAAUCAACUUAAAAAUAUUAAUAUCAAUAUAGUAAAUAACAAAGACAACAAUAACAACAAAAACAACUCGAAAUUUAACCCAGUGACCUUGCCAAAUAUAAACUCAUCAAGAAUAUUAUCAAACCCAAUAACAAAAUCAGUUUCAAAUUUCAAUUUAAAUUCAAAUUUAAAAUAUAUCAAUGGGUUGGAAAAUUUUAAAGAAACAAAUGAAAACGAAGAUGAUGAAAAUCUUAUAAAAACAUUUCAGGAAUUCAAAAUCAGCCAAUUUAACUCAAAAAAUAACCAUACCAAUCUCAGUUCUCAAAAGAUUAAUUUAAAAGAUAACAUAGAGUUUACAAGAUUAUUAGAAGAAGAAAUCAAUAAAAGCGACGAUGACAAUAACAAUGUCUACACCAGUAAUAUGAGUAUUCAAAGUCAAAGUCAAAGUCAAAUUAUAUCGCUUCCACCAAACAUAAAUAAUACUAAUAAUACUAAUAAUACAACAGCUAGUGUCCUUACAGGAAACAAGAGUCAUAAAAGUAGUAAAAGUUUUGGCAGUAUCAAAGAAAUUAAAGAAGAUAAAGAGAUUAAAGAGAUCAAAGAGAAAAUUAACCUAGACAAAUUUAACGAAUUAAAUGUCAGUUCAAUUGAAGUUAAUGAAAUUGAAGAAGUUAUUGAUCAAUUUUUAAAAUUGAUAACUAAAAAUGAUAUUAAUAAAAUCCGACAAUUUAAUCAUUAUUACUAUACCGAACUAAAUAAUAGCUUGUUCAAGAUUUAUUUUUCAUUGCGAGAAAACUCCAAAUUGAUUGAGGUUUUAAUGGAAAAUGCUAGAUUUAAGAAAAAAUAUGAGUAUUUGAAUAUGGACUAUAUCAGAUUAUUGGAUCGAUUGUCUAUAUCGAAUAAUGCCAAUGAGGAUCUAGUUGUUAACAUAAUAAAAAUCAUGGGGGUAAUGUUUGAGAACUAUUUAGAAAAAUUUGAAAAAGAAUUCAUCAAUAUUGGAGGAAUUAUAAUAGUGUUUCGGUUUUUGUCAAACAAAUUUUCAAACAAAAUUAAAAUCGAAAUUGUCAAGUUUAUUAAUAAAUUUUUCAUUCAAACAAACAAAUUCAAAAGAGAAUUUCUAAUGAAUGGAGGGUUGUUUGAAAUGAUAAAGUUUUUGCAGCAAGACUAUGAUGUGAUACCUGAAAUGGUGAUUAGUGGAAUUAAUGGAAUUCACUUGUUAAUACUUGAAAAUGAUAAUAAUAAUAAUAAAGAUGAAAUGAGAGAAGAUGAAAUAGAAAAAGAAACUAACAGCUAUAUAUACACACUAUUGAACUAUCACAUAAUAGACUGGAUGGGAAUUGCAUUGUUGAACCUAGUUGGAAACUAUAAUAAGCACAACAGAGAGCACAUUGAUAAGAUUUUUGGAAUAAUAAAAAAAAUGACUGGAACAUCUAUUCCAGUACACUGCUCCCAUAUGUUCUUUGGAAGCUUGAUUAAGCUGUUUAAUCACCCCAGUUUAACAAAAGGCAACAAGAUAAUGGCACUUGAAAUACUCAAGAGAAUGAGUAGGAACAACAAAAAGGCACUAAUAUCAGCACAUAUCGGAUCGUUUCUCAAAACAAAUAUCAAAAGCCCUCCCAGUGAGAAAGAAGUGGUGGUGUUGAUUAACGAGCUUUAUGCAAUCUUUUCCGGGUAUAUAAAGCAGUCCUCAGAACAAUAAACAGCACAGGCAGCACAGGCAGCACCAGUGGUCUGGAUUGUACCAUUCUUCUGGGCCAUGUGCUGUUGCGUCAUGGCUGCACCAUGGGCAGUGGCGGGCAGAAAGUAG